AUGGAAACCGCGGUCAAGUAUGUCGCCGCACUGAAUGUCGACCAGAAGCAGGUGAAAUGCUUCAUUUAUGCACUGUUUCGUGAUGCAUCCCGCGUCGAGGUUGUAGGGUCAGCAAACGAACAGAUUGAGUUCAUCACAGCCACCGGUCUCGAGGAGAUCGAUCCCGUUAAGCUUUGGAACAAUGUCACAAGCACCAUAAAGGCCGCAAUAGCAGAAGCCAACCUAACGGCAGCGCAAAUCGCCUUCCUGACAAUCAGCACUCAUCGGGGCUCAUUCACCUGCUGGAAUCAAGCCACCGGUGCUGCGUAUUAUAAUUUCAUCACCGCACAGGACCUACGGGCCAAGCAGAGGGUCCAGGACGCCAACGAUGGAUUUUUGUUCAAGGCAUUUAAAGCGACUGCCAGUCUGUUGUAUUGCUGUAGCAGAAGUCAACGCUAUCUUGCACAGAGCGUUUUCCAGGUUACCAAUGAACACGUGACUAUGCGGCUUGCAUGGAUGGUCGAAAAUAGUCCUGGAAUCCAGCAAGAUAUGAAGCAUGAGAAUGUUUUGUACGGAACGAUCGACUCUUGGCUUCUCUACCAAUUUCGGAAACGAAAUGAUUCCGCUGGGGACUUAGAACAUCUGAGCGAUAUUACCAAUUGUGCUACCAGCGGUUUUUAUGACCCCUUUUCACGGCAAUGGACAAGAUGGGCUACCAUGCUGUAUCCCAUAAGGAGAAGUAUUCGACCGACUGUUGUAGAUAAUACGUUUAACUUCGGAUCCGUUGAUGCUUCGAUUUUUGGAAGUCCCAUAAAGAUCGGAACUUCGAUUUCAGAUACAUCAGCCGCUUUGUGGGGAACCUAUUGUUUCGACCAAACCGAACUAUACCUUAAGCUAGAUGCAACAACUGUGGUAUCAAUCCUAACGGGUUCGACAUGUCUAGCCUCGAUACGUGGCUUUGCUCCAUCAAUCGGCUACAAAUGUGGCAACGGAAGUCAGAGUGAUUUGAUGUAUAUUUUGGAAAAAACGUGCACCAACUGCACAGCAGUAAUGGAUUGGGGAGAAAAAAUUGGUCUAUUCUCGAACUGUCAGGAAGCAUCCGCUCUUGCCUGUGCUGUCUCGGACUCCAACGGAGUCUUUUUCGUAUCAGACUUUAACGUUCUUGGUGCGUGUGACAUUACCGCCGGAUCCAGCUUUAUUGGAAUUAAGAAAUCAACUAGAAGAGAGCAUAUGAUACGAUCACUGCUGGAAAGUAUCGUCUACCGAGUCGCCUUGCUGUAUGUCAGUGUUCACAAGGAAAUACAGCAUCAUGGGUUGGAAAGUAUUUCGAAAAUCAAAAUCGAUGGCAGUGUGGCGAGAAAUGACUUUAUCUGUCAGAUGUUAGCCAACAUAACUGGCCUACCCGUCGAACGUGGAGAGGCCGCCGAUGCUUCGGCCUUCGGAGCGGUUCUUCUCGCCGGGCUUAGCGCUAACAUUUGGAACAGCAAACAGGAUCUGUUGCAGCUCCGGAAGGAAGAGAAAGUGUUUCAGCCAAGCCCGAACACUAAAUUGAAGCUUCUACGGAAUAUGCGCUGCUGGGAACAACUGGUGGAUAAGUUUAAAGAUUAACAGAAGGAGUAAAGGCGAAUGGUGAAUGGGACGAAAUAAAAGUGUUCGCAUGCGAACAACCAGUUACGUGUAAUCACGCCAUGUACAGACAUAACAGAAACACAUUAACAGUUUUCAAUGCGUCAGAUCAUGAACUUCUUUUCUUACCUUUUCUAGAAAGGAUUCCUGAAGGUAAUUAAGAUAACGA